AUGGAGCACCUUCUCACCAUCGACCUUGACGUGGUCACCCACCUCAGCAAGCUCGACGCCUACGACUACAUCAUCGUAGGAAGCGGCUUUGGCGGUGGCCCUCUCGCUGAGAUCCUCGCGCGCCGCAAGAAGAAGGUCCUGCUCAUUGAGCGCGGAGGAGUCAUCUUCUCCACCCACGUCCUCAACACCUCGCGUCCCUACUUCAACCGCGGCGCGAGCAACUCGCCCGAGGGCAAUGAGAGCGUGUAUGAUGCUGUCAAGGCCAAGGUGCAGUGCACCGAGGGGUCUGAGGCCUACGUCGGCGGCCCUGUUUACUGCGUUGGCGGUCGCACUAACCUCUGGGGCAUCUGGACCCCGGAGGUCAGCGAGGGAACUCUCAAGGACUACUUCCCAGCUGACAUCUGCUCGUUCCUCAAAGGCGGAGGCUAUGAUACGACGUUCAACUUCAUCACCGACAACUCGCAGAAGGAUGCCAAGUACCCCAAGGACAGUGGUCAGAUUUCGAUUGCCGAGAUCGACGAAGUCAAAGUCAUGCUGGAGACUGCUUUGCCAGACACCGAGUUCGAUCUGAUGCCCGUCGCCGCCCAGUUCAACGCCCCAGCGCCCUACAAGUUCCCGCAGUGCGCAUACAGCACCACUCUCGCCUUGAUGAACCGCAUCUAUUCCAACGACCGAUACUUGACCGUCCUCUUAAACACCGAGGUCGUCGCUUUGGACCAGAGCGAAACCACUACCUUAUCUGCUGACAUCGAUGGCACCGAACCUAGCCGCAGGAGCAUCAACAGUCUCAAGGUUCGGAACACGAAGGACAAGAUCAUCAAAGACCUCGAUGUCUGCAAGGCCAAGGUGAUCCUCUCUGCCGGUGCUAUUGGCACAGCUACCAUUGCCCUCAACAGUGGCCUGCAGCUUCUCAACCCUCUUGUCGGCAAGGGCCUGAUUGACCACGACAUCUUUUAUGUCAGGUUCGGAAAGGAGCGAGAUCCUGGCAUUACUUCGAAGCCGCUGAACCUGAAGUCGCUCGUCAAUAUUGCAGGCCAGGUUGGCCUCCUCACUGUGACCGUCAACGCCAACUUCUUCCUCGCUGGAAGUUCUGCAUCGCUCCCGACCACCCAGUACUACAACAGGGAUGGCAAGCUCAUCAACCCCAAGGAAGGCUUUGAGAACCAGGGAGACUACGACACCAUCUGCGUUUUGUUUGAGUUCAUCGGCGUUCUGGACGAUCGGAAUGAAGUGCUGAACCUCCCGAGCGUGGAUCCUGUCAUUGACAUCCAGCGACCCCCUGUCAAGCAAGUGGUGCUUGCGGGUAUGGAGGACAUCAUCCGCAAGAUCAGAAACAUGUUCAUCUUCUCUGAUCCCGACUGCGACAGCGACCACGCGGCGCCGCGUCCGCAGCACAUGGGCUUUGGAGUCUUCUCCCACGAGUGCGGCACCAUGCGGAUGGAUGGGCCCAAGGGAGAAGGUGUGGUCGACUCCAACCUCAAGGUGAAGGGCUUUGAGAACUUGUGGGUUUGUGACUUGUCUGUCUUUCCGUGCAGUCCAGAGGCGAACCCGUCGCUUACGCUCGCGGCGCUGUCGCUGAGGCUGGCCGACGAGCUGUCAACGGACCCAGUCAACCCGGAAGAGUAG